AUGGCGGCGGCGGCGGCGGGCGGCGCGGCGGGGCUGGCGGCGCUGCUGGGCAGCGCCUCCCCGCACCUCCUCAUCGUCUCGGCCGCGGAGGAGCCCGCGGGCGGCGGGCACCACCCCGACGCCGACCUCCUGCUCUUCGCCACGCCGCAGCCCGCCCGCCCCGGCGCCGCGCCGCGCCGGCCCGCGCUGGGCCGCCCGCCGGUGAAGAGGAAGCUGAACUUGGAGACGGAUCACCAGUACAUAGCAGAGAGCCUGCCAGUGGGCCGGGGCAAGGCCAGGAACCCCACUAAAGGGGCAAAGUCUCCUGGGGAGAAGUCCCGCUACGAAACCUCGCUGAACCUCACCACCAAGCGCUUCCUGGAGCUGCUGAGCCAGUCGCCCGACGGCGUGGUGGACCUCAACUGGGCAGCCGAGGUCCUGAAAGUGCAGAAGAGGCGCAUCUACGACAUCACCAAUGUCCUGGAGGGCAUCCAACUCAUCACCAAGAAGUCCAAGAACAACAUCCAGUGGCUGGGCAGCCAGGCCACGGUGGGGGCCCCUGGCCGGCACCGGCUGCUGGAGAAGGAGCUGCGGGAGCUGCAGGCAGCCGAGCGGCAGCUGGACGAUCUCAUCCAGACGUGCACGGUGCAGCUGCGCCUGCUCACCGAGGACCCUGCCAACCAGCACGCAGCCUACGUGACCUGCCAGGACCUCCGCAGCAUUGUGGACCCCUCGGAGCAAAUGGUGAUGGUUAUCAAAGCCCCCCCAGAGACCCAGCUGCAGGUCUCGGACCCAGCAGAGGCUUUCCAGGUCUCCGUGCGAAGCACUCAGGGCCCCAUUGAUGUCUUCCUCUGCCCGGAGGACAGCUCGGGGGUCUGUAGCCCUGUCAAGAGCCCCUUCAAAGGCCCCGCAGAGGAGUCAUCUCCCAACCAUUCGCAGCCCAGAGCCUCCCCACUCCUGCAUCCCGCCCAGGAUGUGAACAUGCCGCUGCUGCCCGGAGAGCAAGAAACACUGCUGCCGGGGACAAGCGCACUUCCCAGCAAGUGCCCAGCAGAGGAGGUGAGCCUCUCGCCACUGGCCUCCAUGGACGCCCUCCUGGAGCAGAGCAGGGAGGAUUUUUCUGGUUUCUUGGCGGAUGAGUUCAUCAACCUGUCGCCGCCGCAGGCGCAGGACUACCACUUCGGCCUGGAGGAGGGCGAGGGCAUCAGCGAGCUCUUCGACUGCGACUUUGGGGACUUCACACCUUUGGACUUCUGAGGCUCUGCUGGGGUGCUUGCAGGGGAGCUGCCAGGUUCGGGGGGGCCCACCCUUGGGCUCCUGCCUUCGCAGGCAGAGCGGGCAGGGCAGGCAGCCCCUCCAGCUGCAGCGCCCACAGCUCCUCUCCCUGUCUGUUUUUGCAAUAUUUUCUUCUUAGACCUCCAGCCCCCCCCAGCCCAGCAGGAGCCAGUGGCCUCCCUGGCUCCAGCCCCAUGAGGGGGAUGCCAGGGUGGGGGUCCCAUCUCAGGGGACCCCCCCACAAAGCCCUAAUCAGGGGGAGGGGCUGCCCAAGGCAGAGCCACUGCCCCCCCCCCCAGUUGCCCCUUACAGAGCCUUAAGCAGUCCUGUGUAUAGAUUUGAUUAAUUUAUUAUUGUCCUCUUGGGACAGCGUUUAAUUUCCAUGGGGGGAUUGGGGGGGGGCCAUGCAGCAGAGUGGGGGUGCCAAGAGGUUUCGUUAUGCUGGGAAGGGGGUGGCAGAGAUGUGGGGGCGCUGGGUUGGGGCUCUCCCCCCCCCUGCGAGGGGGGCUGCCCACAGCCCAGCUGAGUGCGGGGUAUUUAUUUAUUAUUUAUGGCGUAUGGGAGUUCUCCCAGGACAUGGGGAGCAGGAGGGAGUGGGGGACGGUGCUGGUGAGGGGGGGGGGACACACACAUGGAGGGUCCCGCCAGGGACUCACAGGCACGUCCCAGCUUUGCUGGCAAGGCCACUGCGGUGGCAAGUGGCCACAGGAGGGGAAGCAGGGCUGGAUGGUGCUGGCAGCCCCAGGACCAUGGGUGUUUCCCCUCGGGGUGGGGGUGGGGGGACACGCAGGGGUGUCCAGGGGGCGGCUGCAUCUCUGCGGGCAAGGACCCAGUGCUGUCUCCAGGCUUUUCUUCCCCUCUGCAUGCAGCCGUUUAGCCUUUCAUCUCCGUCUCCCCCUCUCCGGCCCACUGGGGCUGGGAGAGGCAGAAGGGAGGAGCGGGGUGUCCCGGCACCCCCCAGAGCUGGGCUGGAGACGCACUUUCACUUUUACUGCCUUUUAACAAGCUUGUGUUCCUCUGAGCUUCGUGUUUAAUAAAGGUUUCUACUGACUGGC